AUGUCGGACAACCAAAGCCUCGGCGCUGCAUACUACGUCAAACAUAUCACCGUCCUUUCAGUAUUCUCCGGUCUCGCAGCCGUUGCAGUUGUUUUACGAUUUUGGGCGAGAAGAAUCCAGAAGAUGUCGCUGGAGUUGAAUGAUUAUCUCAUUGUGCCUGGCCUGGUCUGUGCUUUAGGGGAGACCGCCGUGAACAUAUAUGGGUGUUGCUUUGGCACGGCCAAAGAGAUGAGUCAAGAGGAUAUAAUGAAAGCAAUCAUCUUUUCACAAAAGAGCCAAUUCAUGUGCCCAAUUAUCUGGGUCGCCUCCGUCACGUUCAUCCGCGCCUCAAUCGUCUUCCUCUAUAUCCGCAUCUUCCCAACCCGCUUUUUCCGCAUAGUCUGCUACCUUGUCCUCGCAGUCAAUCUUUGCUUCUUCGUCGGUACUAUCCUUGCAGAUUGCCUUAUCUGCCAACCUAUAUCCUAUCGAUGGGAUCGCACGGUUGGAGGUACAGGAUCUUGCGGAGAUCAGAAGUCUCUAGACCUCUUCAUUGGGAUUUUCAAUCUUUUUCUCGAUGUUACGGCCGUGGUGCUGCCGAUGCCGGUCCUUUGGGGUUUGAAAAUGGCUGUAGGGAAAAAAAUGAUGUUGAGUGGCAUGUUUGGCAUGGGUACUGCCAUCUGCGCCAUUACUCUCUACCGAAUCUACGACACAAGUACUAUUGCAGUCUCCAACGCACAAGAAGCCUACGCUGUCAUCGCCAUGCUCACCUCCCUCGAAGCCCUCCUCGGCGUCAUCAACGCCUGCCUCCCCGUACUCAAACCCAUCUUCAACAAGAUGCGCGGCACUGCACCCAAAAGAGGCGACCGCUCCGGCGUCAGCGAAAUCCUCAAAUCGGGCACGAUACCUAUCUUCAUACGCGUGAGCCAGAUGUGGACUCUCACAUCUCGGAGGGGAAAAACUUCGUCGAGUGAUGCGACUUUGACAGAGACUUCCGGGUGGUAUGGGGAGAAGGGGAACGGCAAAUCUGGUCCGGAGGGUGGAAAGGGGGCAAGUGUGACGACGAAAGAAAUUAGUCCACCGAUAACGCAGAAGGCGGAUAGGGUGCUGGGGAUUACGACGCAAGCGAUCCAUGUAAGGAGAGAUGUGGAUGUGGAGAGUGUGGCGAGUCGGGAUGAGAGGGGCCUAGUUUGUGAAGGGUGGGAAGGGAGGCAGGAAAGGUGGUAA